AUGUCUUCACAAGACGACCCAGCUGCAGCCUGUCCAGUCGACCACAAAACUCGCGAAGCAUGGCUCGCCCAAGCCCGCGCCCAAAACGCCAAUGCACCCUCAAAUCCUCAUAGUGCACCCAUACCAACACCCACCGCCCCGCCAGCGCCCUCACAAUCCGCCGUCCAGCAAUCAUGCGACUCCUCUUCCCUAGACCAAAGCACAACAUCUCCGCCCCCUUCACAUGCAAGCAUUCUCUCCCAAAUACGUCUCGGCACCGACCGUGAAGUCAGCACAAUACCACGCGCCCUCCCCGACAACUUCGCUGCGCCAACCACACCCGACGCCCGCCCAGCAAACAACGAGCGGGACACAGGCGCCGAUAAGAAAACUGGAAAUUGGAUCUACCCCUCUGAGCAAAUGUUCUUCGACGCCAUGCGCCGCAAAUCCUACGAUCCCUCCGCACCAGACAUGCGCACCAUAGUCCCCAUCCACAACGCCGUCAACGAGCGCGCCUGGCACGAAAUCAAGUCUUGGGAAGCGAAUCGCGGCGCUGAGAAAUGUGGAGGACCUAAGCUCGCUUCCUUUUCUGGGUUAAGCACUAGUUUGACUCCCAGAGCACGAUGGAAGAGUCUGAUGGGGUACCAGCCGCCGUUUGAUAGACACGAUUGGGUUGUGGAUCGUUGUGGGACAAAGAUUGAGUAUGUGAUUGAUUUCUAUGCGGGCAGAGAUGAGGGAAAGGUGGGGAAAGCGUUGAACUUCUAUUUGGAUGUUAGACCCAAGCUGAAUAGCUGGGAGGGUGUCAAAAUGAGGAUUGCUAAGUUCUGGGGGUUCUAG